AAUUACACCUGAUAUCAUCCAUCAUCGAAACCCAUAACCUCACCCACGGUCCAUCGCCUUAUCUCGACCACAUUGCUGACACGACACACAUACAUCACCCCCCUCAAAUUCCACACGAUCUAGUCUGAAUAUAAGAGAAACGAAACGAAAACAACAUGGAUUACCAGAACCGCGCGGGAUCCAAAUUCGGCGGCGGCGGCGUAGCCUCCCACUCCGCCACCAACGCCGACCGUCGCGAGCGUCUGCGCAAGCUCGCCCUUGAGACUAUCGAUCUCGACAAGGACCCUUACAUCUUCCGUAACCAUCUCGGCUCCUUCGAAUGCCGUCUGUGUUUGACGGUGCACCAGAACGACGGCUCCUACCUCGCCCACACCCAAGGCAAGAAGCAUCAAACAAACCUCGCUCGCCGUGCCGCCCGCGAGCAAAAGGAAGGCAAAGGCGAAGUCGACCCACAGACGGGUCUCCCCGUCGGCGUCGUCGGCGCGGGUUUCGCCGCUUUGGGACUGGGCGCCGGCGGCGUGCGCAAGAACGUGGUCAAGAUUGGUCGCCCCGGAUACAAGAUCACGAAAGUGCGCGACCCCAUCACCCGCCAGCAGGGAUUGCUGUUCCAGCUGCAGUACCCGGAUAUUGCCCCGGGCGUCACGCCCAAGUGGCAGGUCAUGAGCGCCUUCAGCCAAAGGGUCGAGGAACCGGACAGGAACUACCAGUACCUCCUGGUCGCUGCGGAGCCGUACGAGACGUGCGGGUUCAAGAUCCCGGCGCGCGAGCUAGACAAGCGCGAGGAUAAGCAGUUUGAGUUUUGGGACCCGGAUAGCAAGGAGUACUGGGUGCAGAUCAUGUUCAUGACGGAGCGCGAGGAGCGCUUCAAUGCGGCGCCUGGGUUGACGGGGAGGAGGUGAUUUGUUUUAUUCUUCUGGUAUUGCUUCAGAUGAACGGUUAUUCUACACCCAUGUUCGGAUUUGAUUGGGGAUCGGGAAAAUAUGCUUGGCGUUUACGGAGUUUCCUGUCAUUAUUUGGGUCAUGUUCAGCCCCAACUCGGCUUCUCGGACGCCCCCACAAAGUCACAUAACUGUCGCAGGAGAGCUUUGUGCUAUAAAGAAGGUGGAACGGGGGAUACCCGAUACCCGGAAAUUGCGUCAAGGCACAGAUCACAAUUCGGUUAGCGGCCUUCGUCCAACGGCGCUCUAAAUCGGCAUCAUACAAAGUCCGAAGAAGUUUUGGGCGGACGACCCUUCUGAAGCACGACGA